AUAUUGUGUAACCUAAUCAAGCUUGGCAUUCCCUAUAUAGGUAUAAUAGUAGCGAAUUAAAUAUGCGAGCGAGCAACUCACUUCUACAGUUCUUAUAUUUGUUUCAGUAAGUCGCGUAGUAUCUAUAGCCCUGAUGGCUUAUUUGUUCCCUUACUGGACCAUCCUAGCUUGCGGGAUCCACAUCCUUGUCAUGGCUGCCUGGAUCCAGAUCUUCGAACAUCCAACCUUCUGUUCACACAACAGAAUCGCUGAGUACGCAUUUUCUUUAGCCCUCGGAGCAGUCUACCUGUUCACUUAUAUACUAUCUGUCGAAGCACGAACAAGAUACCGGUAUGCAAUAUAUUAUACUACUUGCCUACUCCAAAAUAUCACUUGUGGCGCCCUCUGGUUUGUCUAUGCCACCAAUGACUUGAUAAAUACUGUGUACUUUUUACCACUCUUGUUAUUAACUGUUAUACCAUACGUUAUUGGUUUGAUAAUUAUGGUUGUAUAUUAUCUAUUUUUUCAUCCAAGAGCAAGGAAAUGUGGCAGAGAUAUAAUUGUAUCGUUUAAAGCUGGUGACCAACUCUCCGAAAUUAGAUAACAUACGCAUUUAUAAUGUACUUAUAAGUAGUUAAUAAUAUCGAGUACAAAUUGUUUUUUAUAUGAGUAUUUACUCUUUUAAAUGGCAAUUUAUUCCUCCUUUUUGGGAGUUGCCAGUGUCGUGUCAAUUUAGCGUAGUUUUAUAUGUGUCCACUAUGAAUAGUUACCAUAGAGCAAGAAGUAUUGUUUUAAAGUGUAUGGUAUACCUACACUUUUUUGUAUUAUUUAUUUUUACCUAUCGUCAUUCAAAUUGUUACUACAGUACGAUCGCCGAACAGAAAACAUUUCGUAAGUUGACCUUUGUGCCUAUCGAUAGAUAUCGUAAACAUUUUAGGUUCACUUUACUGUGAUUAAAUUGGCUAGAUACAUCAGUGCGAGCGCAAUAGAAAUAUGUUUGCGCACGAAACUUUCUCUGUUUAGCGUCCGUACUGUAGAAAACAGCUUACGUAAUAAUGCUCAAUUUCUUUAAUAUUUUUUUUUUAUUUUCUUAUGAGGGGAGAGAAUUUUUAUUAUGUCAUUGGGAAAUUAAGUGUUGAGCAUUGAUAAAAUGACCUUUAUUACUUAAUGUGGACUUCAUGACGUACAGUGAACUUCAAAUACAGAACGGCUUUAAAUUACAGAUAAACGAUUUUAAGUUUUAUCGUAUUGAAGGUAUGGUUCUGAAUCUGACUUAAAUAUGUAUUAAACAUAUUAGCACUCUAAUGACGUCUCUUUCUGAGACAGUUCGUUA